AUACAAACUUGACAAGCUGUUGAUAUGAGCAACAAUAACACGCAGUUCGUGUAGUUUGUCGCAAUGCGCAUUUGAAUAAUUCAUUCGUGUCCAGGUCACAUAGUCAUACAGCAUAGCGAAAGUUGUAAACGUGGAAGGAGUGAUCAUACAUUAAUAACUGGGAUUUUAAUUUAUAUCUAUCAUGGCUGAUCAGUUGACGGAAGAGCAAAUUGCAGAAUUCAAGGAGGCUUUCAGUCUGUUUGACAAGGAUGGCGAUGGCACAAUCACAACCAAGGAGUUGGGAACAGUAAUGAGGUCAUUGGGUCAGAACCCGACAGAAGCAGAAUUACAGGACAUGAUCAACGAAGUGGAUGCUGAUGGCAACGGAACCAUCGAUUUCCCAGAAUUCCUCACUAUGAUGGCGCGUAAGAUGAAAGAUACUGACAGUGAAGAAGAAAUAAAAGAAGCAUUUAAAGUGUUUGAUAAAGAUUGUAAUGGUUACAUAAGUGCUGCUGAAUUAAGACAUGUUAUGACAAAUCUUGGAGAAAAACUAACUGACGAGGAAGUUGAUGAAAUGAUCAGGGAAGCUGAUGUUGAUGGUGAUGGUCAAGUUAAUUAUGAAGAAUUCAAGGAAGCUUUCAGUCUUUUUGACAAGGAUGGCGAUGGCACAAUCACAACCAAGGAGUUGAGAACAGUAAUGAGGUCAUUGGGUCAGAAUCCGACAGAAGCAGAAUUACAGGACAUGAUCAAUGAAGUGGACUUUGAUGGAAACGGAACCAUCGAUUUCCCAGAAUUCCUUACUAUGAUGGCGCGUAAAUUGAGAGACACUGACAGUGAGGAAGAAAUAAAAGAAGCGUUUAAAGUGUUUGAUAAAGAUCGCAAUGGUUACAUAAGUGCUGCUGAAUUAAGACAUGUUAUGACAAAUCUUGGAGAAAAACUAACUGAUGAGGAAGUUGAUGAAAUGAUCAGGGAAGCUGAUGUUGAUGGUGAUGGUCAGGUCAAUUAUGACGAAUUCAAGGAGGCUUUCAGUCUUUUUGACAAGGAUGGCGAUGGUACAAUCACAACCAAGGAGUUGGGAAUUGUAAUGAGGUCACUGGGUCAGAACCCGACAGAAGCAGAACUACAGGACAUGAUCAAUGAAGUGGAUGCUGAUGGAAACGGAACCAUCGAUUUCCCAGAAUUCCUUACUAUGAUGGCGCGUAAGAUGAAAGAUACUGACAGUGAAGAAGAAAUAAAAGAAGCGUUUAAAGUGUUUGAUAAGGAUGGCAAUGGUUACAUAAGUGCUGCUGAAUUAAGACAUGCUGAUCAGUUGACGGAAGAGCAAAUCGCAGAAUUCAAGGAGGCUUUCAGUCUGUUUGACAAGGAUGGCGAUGGCACAAUCACAACCAAGGAGUUGGGAACAGUAAUGAGGUCACUGGGUCAGAACCCGACAGAAGCAGAGUUACAGGACAUGAUCAACGAAGUGGAUGCGGAUGGAAACGGAACCAUCGAUUUCCCAGAAUUCCUCACUAUGAUGGCACGUAAAAUGAAAGACACUGACAGUGAAGAAGAAAUAAAAGAAGCGUUUAGAGUGUUUGAUAAGGAUGGCAAUGGUUACAUAAGUGCUGCUGAAUUGAGGCAUGUCAUGACAAAUCUUGGAGAAAAACUGACUGACGAAGAAGUUGAUGAAAUGAUCAGAGAGGCUGAUAUUGAUGGUGAUGGUCAAGUUAAUUAUGAAGAAUUUGUGAAAAUGAUGAUGUCUAAGUAAUGUCAAGAAUACUAUAUCCGUCAUCAAACCACAUUUCUUCGGGAAACUGUGCAAUUUGUGAAACUUGCAUUUAAUGAGUCGCGAAAUAAGAAAAAUGCUGAAUAUUUUUUUUGCAGAUUCUACAAAAGACACUAGUAAUACAAAAAAAUAUGACACAAUGAUGAAAAAAAAAUCAUUCUAUUUAAAUUUAGAUAUGUUUUAUUCUAUGCAUGCAUACUAUUUUGUGGAACCAUAACAUAUUUCUGUUAUUUGAAAUGUUAUCAUUAUUAAAUUUUAUGAAAUGUUA